GCUAAAUAUACCGCCUUUGGCCUCAGUCUGAGGCAAGUGUCGUCUGCCUAGCGCGAUGGAGCCUGCCGCUGCAGGAGACCCCGCCCCUCCUGGUGACGUCAGCUUCCCAAAACUUCACUUGCAAUCCCCAAGACAAGAGUGCGGACCGGCAGAUGCCUCGGACUUGGAGCUGCGAACCGUUCGAGGCAGCGAUCCGCCGCACCAAGACGCGGAUUGGCCCUCGCCAAGGGACCUGGCUGUGCCGUCCAACUUGCCGACCCUCGUGCCACCAGGCGACAACGUUCCCAGUGACAGGACGGCUUUCAACCACGCGCCGAGUAAGCCAGGACGAGCAGUCCAGUUCAAAACAAAGGCUCGGCGCCGGAGCAACAGCCUGCGUUCGGUCCAUCACGCAAUGUCGCCGGUUCAGGCGUCGUCGACGCCAGUGGCAUCGCUUCAGCGAAACCGCACCAUGGGCAGUCUUCACACAAACAAAGUGCUGACGCGUUUGGGCGUGACGUCGGAAACGAUGCGGCUGGAAAAGGGCAUGAAGAAGCUCGGGAUAUGCGACCACGACAUUCAAGCCAGCAUUGAAAUUCGACGUCAUUGUGGAGUCAUCCUCAGUGAGCCGCUGACAAAGGAAGAGCUGCUCCUGGGGUUUUCCGCCGAACAACUCCGGCGCAUCAAGGCCAUCAAGACGAUGGGCACGUCCGAAAACGAAAUCCUGGACGUCUACUGCAAGCAAAUCUCCAACCUUGGCAUCCCACGAGGCGCAGCAGCCACCAUCCCAUAACUCUCUUGCAUCUUCCGCACUGACCUCACAAGAUGAUGAUGCUGGCAUGACCGCACUAUAGCGCAACGACGAACCGUUGGCUACGCGCAUGGAUUUGGCAAAGUCAAUUUCUUUUGUCGAUCUGUUUACCUGUCCAUACAUGAUCUUUGCGCGUA